AUGGCGGGGAAGGAGGAGGGCGCGGCGCCGAGCCCAGCGGGCCAGUCUGACCAGCUGCGUCCGCCCAACCCAACGCUGCAGCUGUUCCAGGCCGCGACGGCGGGCGGGAGCGGGGCCCCGCAGCCCGGAGCGCCGCCGAGCGCGCCGAACCUGAACCAGCUGCUACAAAACUCGCAGAUGAUGCCAGGCUCGGUCGGCUUCUCCAGCUCCAGUUUGCCGCCAGCCUCGCUCCCCGGGCUGGGCUUGGGGUCCGCGGGCCUGUUCGGGAUGCCCGGGAUGUUCAUGCCCAAGUCCUCGCCCAUGAACCUGAUGGCGGGCCCCGACGCCCUGCGGCUCGCCUCGCAGCAGGCCCAGGCCGUGCAAGCCUACGCAGCCCAGGUGCAGGCGUACCAGCGCCAGCUGAUGCUCGCCAGCGCCAACGCGUCCACGGCCUCCAUGGUCGCGUCUGCCGGAAUGGACAUCUCGGCGGCGCUCAAGAGCCUCACCAGCGCAGCAGCGGCGAACGUUGGCCCGGUUGGGGGCCAGCAGGCGCCCGGAUCGUCGCCACCCGCCGCGCAGGCAGCGUCCAGCCCGGCGCAGAAGGCGGCAACUACCUCAGAGAAGCCGAAGAGCGACGCAAACGCCGCCUCUCCCGCGGCGGGAGCGCCCGCGAAGCAAACCGCUGCCUCGCCCUCCAGGCCGGCCGGGGACGCCGGCAAGGCGCCGAGCCCCGCGGACCCGGACGCGAACGGCUCUCCCUCGCACAAGAAACGCGCAGCGGCGUCGUCGAGUCCCCAGAAGCAGACGUCGCCGAAGAAACGCCGCACUCCCGCAGCCAAGAGCCCGCCUGCUGCGGAACCCUCCGCGCCCGCAACCAACGGCGACGCCGCGCACAAGGACAGCAGCCGACCCAAGAGCCCGGCGCCCGCAUCGGCGCCCGCGCCCGCCCCCGCGACGGACGCCCGGGCGCCUCCAUCCGCCGUCCGCUCGCCGCAGAACAACGGCGCUCCGGCCGCGCCGGCGCACGUCCCGGACAGCAACCCGGAGGGCCUGGACCACGCCUUCGGCGGCAGCGGCGCCGCGCCCUCCGUCGACGCCCCGAACGGCAACAACUCGAUGCCACCGCCGCAGGCUCCGGCGGCGCGACCAAAGGCCAAGGGCGGCGCGCACGACGCUGCGGGCGUGCGCCCGCGCCCCUCGCCGCUCGCGACGGGCGCCCAGAUGCCGACCCCCGGCCAGAUGCCGACCCCUGGCCAGAUGCCGACCCCUGGCGCGCGACGCGACUCGCAUUUCCCGUCGCAGCUGUGCGGCAUCGAGGAGCCGCAGGUCCCGACGCCGGCGCCCGGGUCGGCGCGCGCGCCGGGCGACUCCGGGCGGUCCCGCGAGGGCCGUCCGCGCCCGUCGUACGUCAACAUGGCGGGGGAGUCUCCCUCGCUGCCCGACUCCGGCGACGACCGCGCGGGGGCGUCCGCGAGCGGCGGCAGCAGCGACGACGACGACGACCGGCCCUCCGAGACCGUCUCCUCCGACCACGGCGACCGCGCCGCGGCGGCCGAGCGAGGCCUUGCGCGGCGCGCGGGCGGCAACAACAAACACAGCGGCCGCGGCGCCGGGGCCGGCGGUGGGGCCGGCGGCGGCGGCGGAGGCGGCGCGGCGCCGGCGCCGCGCGCGGCCGCGGGCGCGACCAGCUCGGGGGCCCGCGGGAGGAGGCGCUGUCGCUGGAGGAGGAGAUUCCGUGGGGCGCAGUGCUCCCCACGUGGAAGGCGCGGCGGCCGGCGUGGCGGCGGGCGCUGA